AUGCUGUCACUGCUUCAAGCAUCGAUUCUGGCAGUCCUUGGGGCUUUGUGUGUGACUGGUGCAGAUCACCUAGAACAACCUCAACUUUCCAGUACUAAAACGCUGUCAAAAACAGCCCGUCUGGAAUGUGUGGUGUCUGGAGUACCCAUUUCUACAACGUCCAUAUAUUGGUAUCAGGAAAGGCCAGAGCAAGCCAUACAACUCCUGAUGUACAUUUUAACUAACAACACUGUCAAAAGGGAAACAGGCGUUGCAUCCAACAAAUUUGAGAUUGAAAGGAGACCUGAAACUUCUACGUCUACCCUCACCAUUCACAAUGUGGAGAAACAAGAUGCAGCCACAUACUAUUGUGCUUUCUGGAAGGCGCACAUUGAUGGCAGAACAUACAAGCUGUUUGGUUCUGGAACAAAGCUCAUCGUUACAGAUAAAGCCCUUGGUGCUGACAAUUUCCCCAGGCCCACUACUUUUCUUCCUUCAGUUGCUGAAACAAACCUCCAUAAGGCUGGAACAUAUAUUUGUCUUCUUCAGAAUUUUUUCCCCGAUGUUAUUAAAGUAGAUUGGCAAGAAAAGAAUGACAACAAGGUUUUGGAAUCCCAGCAGGGAAAUACUAUGAAGACUAAUGACACAUACAUGAAAUUUAGUUGGUUAACUGUAACUGGAAAGUCAAUGGAGAAAGAACACAAAUGUAUCGUCAAACACGAGCAUAAUAAAGGAGGAGUUGAUCAAGAGAUUAUUUUUCCUCCAAUAAAGAAAGUUGUCACCACUAUUGAUCCUAAAGGAUCUUGUUUGAAAGAUGCAAACUAUGCACUGUGGCUACAGCUCACAGAAACCUCUGCAUACUACACCUAUCUCCUCCUGCUCCUCAAGAGUGCCGUCUACUUGGCCAUCAUUGCCUUCUGUCUGCUUAGAAGAACAGCUGUCUGCAGCAGUGGAGAGAGAUCAUAA